GUGUCCCGCCAGAGCGCCCGCGAGCAGCACAGGUCACCCACCAGUCUGCCACCAGUCCACACCAGUGCCCACAGCCCAUGGAACCCCGGCUGCUCCUCCUGCUCCUUGGCCUGUGCUCAGCUGGCCUCGUUCUAGGCUCUGAACAUGAGACCCGUCUGGUGGCAAAGCUAUUUGAACAAUACAACAGAGUGGUGCGACCAGUGGAAGACCACCGCAAAGCCGUGGAGGUCACCGUGGGCCUGCAGCUGAUACAGCUCAUCAAUGUGGAUGAAGUAAAUCAGAUCGUGACAACCAAUGUUCGACUCAAACAGCAAUGGGUGGAUUACAACCUAAAAUGGAAUCCAGAAGACUAUGGCGGCGUGAAAAAAAUUCACAUUCCCUCCGAAAAGAUCUGGCGCCCAGACUUAGUUCUCUAUAACAAUGCAGAUGGUGACUUUGCCAUUGUCAAGUUCACCAAAGUGCUCCUGGACCACACUGGCCACAUCACGUGGACACCUCCGGCCAUCUUCAAAAGCUACUGCGAGAUCAUCGUCACCCACUUUCCCUUUGAUGAGCAGAACUGCAGCAUGAAGCUGGGCACCUGGACCUACGAUGGCUCUGUGGUGGUCAUCAACCCGGAAAGCGACAAGCCAGACCUGAGCAGCUUCAUGGAGAGCGGGGAGUGGGUGAUCAAGGAGUCCCGGGGCUGGAAGCACUGGGUGUUCUACGCCUGCUGCCCCGCCACCCCCUACCUGGACAUCACCUACCACUUCGUCAUGCAGCGCCUGCCCCUCUACUUCAUCGUCAACGUCAUCAUCCCCUGCCUGCUCUUCUCCUUCCUGACCGGCCUGGUGUUCUACCUGCCCACCGACUCAGGAGAGAAAAUGACCCUGAGCAUCUCUGUCCUGCUCUCCUUAACCGUGUUCCUGCUGGUCAUCGUGGAGCUGAUCCCUUCCACCUCCAGUGCUGUGCCCUUGAUUGGGAAAUACAUGCUCUUCACCAUGGUGUUUGUCAUCGCAUCCAUCAUUAUCACUGUCAUCGUCAUCAACACACACCACCGCUCCCCCAGCACCCACGUCAUGCCGGAGUGGGUGCGGAAGGUUUUUAUCGACACUAUCCCAAAUCUUAUGUUCUUCUCCACAAUGAAAAGACCAUCCAGAGAAAAACAAGACAAAAAGAUUUUUACGGAAGACAUUGAUAUUUCUGACAUUUCUGGGAAGCCAGGGCCUCCACCCAUGGGCUUCCACUCGCCCCUGAUCAAACACCCUGAGGUGAAAAGUGCCAUUGAGGGCGUCAAGUACAUCGCAGAGACCAUGAAGUCAGACCAGGAGUCCAACAACGCGGCUGAGGAAUGGAAGUAUGUUGCCAUGGUGAUGGACCACAUUCUCCUUGGAGUCUUCAUGCUGGUCUGUAUCAUCGGAACCCUGGCUGUGUUUGCAGGUCGGCUCAUUGAAUUAAAUCAGCAAGGGUGAGCCGAGCUCCGCCCAGCAUCGGGCGGAGCAGAGAAAGGUGGGCAAACGGGAAGACUUGUCCCCUUGGAUAUAAGCUCACUUAUCAAACAUUUAACUUUCUGUAUUUAUGGUUAAUGAUAAUAAUUUACAUUUACGUGAGGUUAUGGCUUCAAAGUGUCUCCACAUGGCUUCCCCCUUCAUUCUCUGUCAGUCUGGAGAAUGAACAGUUUUUAGUCAAUGAAACAGGAUCUCUAAAAGAAGUAUCCAUUCCCAGUGGUGUCUGGGAGAGUUUUGCCCAGAAUAGCUGAGGUUUUUCUGUUGGUUUUUCUAUUUUUAUUUUUUAAGCCAGGUUUUUGCCUGCUAGGAAAACCCGAUUUACCAGUCCCAGAAAGACAAAGCAUUUGAUUUGGAGAAAAAGAAGGCAGUAGAAAGGCUGCUAAAAUGCAAAUUGCACCAAACCCCCAAAAUAAAUGUCUAGAAUUGGAAGGUGAGGGAUGUUUGCCAGUCUAAGGCAGCACUUGGGUUUGAUGCUCAGGAUUUGUAUUGGGUGGAAGGGCCAGGCAUGAGGGAAUCAUCUCAUAUACAUGAUUUAUUUCAUCCUCAUGGCUCUCAUACAAAUGAGAAAACUGAAGUUGAGGAGUGUUCUCAUUGCCUAAAUGAGAAGAACUGGGAUUUGAACCCAGACCAAAUCUGGGUUCCAAGCAGCUCCAGACUGGGUCAAUUCUUCUGCUCCUUGCUCUCCUGACCAUCCGUGGCUCGAUCUGGACCCUUCUGUAACUCUGGUCAGUACCUUGAGAUCUUCAGUGUUAGUGUCAACCAUCUUUCUGCCUUCCCAAUGAAACUUCCUGCCUUUUUCCAGUUCUUAUUGCGUGGAGAAUAUUCUUUUUCUCCAUAGUAACCUUCUAGCCACAGUGUAAUUCACCCAGAACUAGAAAAUGUGCAGCCCUGGCCUCGGAUCACCAGAACACACCUGCCCCACAUCAGUACCAGGGGAGAGCAGGAAAACGCCCUGCUGGGCCGCCUGACUGAACCCAGUUGGUCUCAGUCUGCUUCUCCAUGGGGGUCCCUAUCACAUACCCAUGGCAGGACUGAGUACAUUCAUUUUAGAGGAAACAGUUUGGUGGCUCCUCAAAAAACUAACCAUAGAAUUCUCAUGUGAGCCAGCAAUUCCACUCCCUAAAGAACUGAAAGCAGGGACUUGAACAGAUACUUGUCUGCCCAGUGUUCACAGCAGCAUUAUUCACAAGAGCCAAAAGGUGGACACGACCCAGUGUCCCUCCGUGGAUAAGCAAAAUAUGGUAUAUGCGUGCCAUGGACUAUUAUUCUGCCUUAAAGAGCAAUGAAAUUCUGAUACAUGUUAUAAGAUUGGUCAACCAUGAAAACAUACUAAAUGAAAUACACCACACACAAAAGGACAAAUAUUGUAUGAUUCCACUCACAUGAGGCACCUAGAAUAGGAACAUUCACUGAGAUAGAAACUAGCAUAGUGACUACCAGGGUUAGCGGAAAGGGUGAGUUACUACUUAACGGGGGGAGUUUCAGUUUGGGGUGAUGAAAACGUUCUGGAAAUGAGGCCAGGGUUGCAUGGCCUCAUCAGUGUACUUAAUGCCGCUGAACGUAUGCCGAGAGAUGGUUAAAGUGAUGAAUUUUGUGUUAUGAAUAUUUCACCACAAUAAAAAGUGUUGUUAUUUA